AUGUUUACAGCUACGACCGCGGCCAUCGCCGUCGUUCUGGUGGCCGUCCUUUACGUUGGCUAUAGGUCAGCCCUGCCGUGUCCACUGCCCGGCAUUCCCUACAAUGCCGCCGCCGCCAACAGGCUGCUCGGAGACAUCCCAGAUAUGCUUAGUGAGGUAUCCAAGUCGGGCGAUAUCGUGGCGUGGCUGCGCGACCAGAACCUCAAGUCGAAGUCCGUCAUUAACCAGAUCUUCAUCCGGCCCAUGGGCAAGCCCAUCCUGCUGGUCAGCGACUAUGAGGAGGCCCGAGAUGUGAUGCUCAACCGCAUCAAGGAUUUUGACCGCACCAGCCUGACGGCCGAGAUGUUCAGCGGGCUGCUCAACAGGCAGCAGUUCACGCUCAAGACAGGCCCGGAGUGGACGUUCCACCGCCGCCUCGUCCAGGACACCAUGACGCCGGCCUUCCUGCACGAAGUGGCCGCCCCCAGCAUCUACACCAGCAGCCUACGCUUCGUGGAACUGUGGCAGGCAAAGGAGACGCUGGCAGGCGGCCGGCCGUUUUCUGCCACCGAGGACAUUUUCCACUCGGCCUUGGAUGCUGUUUUGUCCUUUUCCUUUGGGUCCAAGUUCCCUCACAGCGCCACGGAGCCGCAGACCAAGAGGCUCAGGGACUUUCCGGGAAGCGAACCUCGCUCAGAUGGACUUGGAGCAGACCGAGACCAGGCUGUCCACUUCCCGCACGCGGAAAUCGACGAGGCUAUCGACUCGAUGCUCGAGCUGGGCGAUGCCAUGGAGCAGGUCAAGAGCUCACCAUCACCACGCAUGAAGUGGUGGUACGUCAAAGCCACACCAACGUUUAAACGCUGGAUGAGCAUUAAAGACGGCUGCAUCCGACGGGAGAUUGAAAAGGCCGUCGAGGCACGCCGGCAGAACCAACAUUCCAGCAUCGGUCAGACAUGGGAGCGGUCUGCCGUCGACCGCAUCGUGGACAGGGAGGAGAAGCACGCCCAGAAGGAGGGAAGGAGCCCCGACUACUUCUCGGCGGCCGUCAUGGACGAGGUCUUUGGGUUCAUAGUCGCUGGCCACGACACCAUGAGCACGACCAUGUGCUGGGGCGUCAAGCUCCUGGCUGAUCACGCCGACUCCCAGUCACAGCUUCGACGAGCCCUCCUCGCAGCCUUCAGCUCCGCUGCAGCAGAGAAGCGCGCUCCCACAGUCGAGGAGAUCAUGCAGACGUCGGUGCCUCUGCUUGACGCCACCAUGGAAGAGAUCCUACGCUGUGGCGGCACCGUGCCCAUCGGUGAUCGCGAGGCGACUAAGGACACGACGCUGCUGGGCCACAGGAUCCCGAAAGGCACGCUUGUCUUCUUCUUGCACAACAGCCACAGCAUGCUCUCGCCGGCGCUCGACGUAGACGAGAGCCGCCGCAGCCCGCGCUCACUGCAGGCAAAGGAACGUGGGCAGACGCGCAGCUGGGAUGAUGUGGACAUCGAGCAGUUCAGGCCGGAGCGCUGGCUGGUCCCGGAAAGCAAGGGCGACAAAGACGGCGGUCACGGCGACGGUAUGGUCUUUGAUUCCCAAGCUGGGCCCAGCAUCCCGUUCGGUCUAGGCGUCAGGGCGUGCUUCGGGCGCAGGCUGGCGUAUGUCGAAUUUAGAAUCAUGUUGACUAUGAUGAUAUGGCAUUUUGAGCUGCUCAAGUGCCCCGACGCCAUGUCUGGCUAUGGAGGGUGCCUCGCCGUGGUGAACAAGCCGCGGCAGUGCUUCGUGCGUCUUCAGAAGGUCAGCAUGUAG